CAAAUUUUCGUCUAAUGUCGAAUCAGUGCUCAUAGUUGAUUAUGAAGAUACAAAUAGGUACUAAAUAUGCCCGUAAGUGUGCGAAAAUGUUUGAAAUGUUGAUCGAUUUGUAAGCAAGGUUCCAAUUCUUUGUUUAUAUUGGUACUCAGUCUCCCACCAUUGAACAGUGAUUUAAUACUUUAAAAAGGAUUUUGAGUUCAACUAUAGAUGAUAACUCAAAAUGCGCCCACAACACUGGCUGUUGCUCAUCACCUAUCUGGCCACAGCACCUUACUCACAUCAGUCACAAUCUCGACACCCAUACAUCGACCUUGUCGAAAACCCUUACUUCGUCGACAAAAGCAAUCUGCUCAUUAGAAUAUUCGGAGAAUUCGCCUACUCUCACAUUUACCUCACAUGCCCAAAUCACUUCGGCAGCACAUCCAAUCUCAACAUGAUCGACUUAUUCGCUAAUAUCGAGCUAGACUCCUCAUAUCGACCAAUCAACUACACGAAGACUAAAUCUUACCAGAUUUUCAAUCAGUCCGCGUUCGGUCAAUUUGAAAUGUAUCGAAACAUACUCGAAUCUCAUUUGGCUCAACAUCCAGUCAUAUACAUCGACUUGGGGGUAAACUUACCAAAGAAUUUCAGCAUUCAAAGCAUGAUUAAGUAUCUGCUAAAUGCCAUGCAGAAAGCAUAUAAAAGAUACGAGUGGCUUUUCGGUUUACCUCAAGAACGUCUGAAUUGUGGUCCAAAUCGAACAAUUAGUCAAGAAGAUGUGGAUUUUGGUCAAAGAGUGCUCAAUAAAAGAAUCAACCAAGGAGGUAUUGAAAACAGCUUGAAGAUUUUAUGCAGAGUACUGCACAAGUAUUUUGAUCGAAAAGUGGUCAUAUUGAUCAAUUCCUUGGAUCACGCUUUGAGCCAUGCUCUAUUUUACUCCAGAGCUGAGGUUAAAAGUGAUACGGAAAUGUUCGACGCUUUCGAGAUACUCAACAGAAUGGUCUCGAACGCGAUUCGCUUUUUACCCUAUACUAUGAGCUUUAUGACUGGCCUAUGGCAUGCUCAAAUCGAUGCUAAUUAUUUAGGCAACGUUGCUCACCAUAAUUUCCUCGAGUGGCACAGAUUAGUCAGGUAUUUCGGGUUCACCGAAGAAGAAGUCGAUCGCUUACUCGUCAAUAACGGUUGUAAGAUGCCCGAACGAAAUGGAGUCGUCAGCUAUUACAAUGGGCACAGGAUGGUGGACGGUGAAACAAAGCUUUUCUCACCAUACUCCAUCACUCAAUACCUCGAGCACAGAGUGAAAAACUCGGAACUAUAUCAAGCUAGCCUCAAACCAUACUUCUUUGGCAAUAAUGAGACCACAGCGAUACUGAAAUUUCUUCCAAUACCUGUCUUCAGACAUUAUCUGGUCUCUUUAGUCAACCGAAUCCCUAUUAAGUUCGUUCCAAUCCUCCAUUUUGAAAGGGUCCACUUCGAGCAUUACUUCCACCUACGUAAUAAUAAUUUCACCUGUGCGAUCGGGUAUCGAGAAUCGUUCGCUAAACAUUUACUGCUGACAAUGGUUUUAAAAAUGGGCUACCUGUGUUAUAAUCGAGAUCGCGAUUUCAUCUUACCCAAUACCGAAAUCGAGAACUAUCUCGCUAACGCUUUGAACACAUUCUACGAGCCAGAAAGUGCCACCUUUUCGGAAAUAGGAGCCUUGAUCUACGCAAUUAUAAGUUCAACCGAUCAGGAUCAAAGGACCGCUCAAAUCUACGAUUUGCAAUCCAAAUUAACCCUCCUGUUCGGCAGACUUUCGACUAUCUACGAUUACACCAGGAUCUCCGAGCUGGAGUACAGGUUCGUGAUGUUUAAAUCAAUAAAGAAGCACCAGAAGGAUUCCAAUGAUAAAGGAAACGUAUGGACUAGUGGCAAUCAGCUGGAUAGUAUGAUUGUGACGUCUAGGAUUACUGAUGCAACCUCGGCAGGGGUUUUGCAAAUUAGUUGCGAUACUAGCGCUGUGGAUACGUUGGGUAAAGUGAUGAAGAAUAUUAGACCCAGAGUCAGUAAAGCGCCAAUUACGUAUUUUGGUAUCCAUGUAGAUGAACAAGUGAAUGUGAAAAUCGAAACGAGCACUAUUCAAGGAUGAAAAAACUCAGUAUUUGACGAUGCGAAAGGGUAUCUACUCCCAGCCCCCAGGUAUAAAAUAGGCGAAAUGGCCAUGUUGCCAGAUUUGGGAAAUUAUAUGGUGGAUCACUGUUGGGUACCUCCAAAAACAUUUCGAGCGGAAUUUCCGCCCCUCAACUCAGAACAUUUUUUUGCAAUGUUGAGCAACAUUUUUUUGCAAUGUUGAGCAACAUUUUUUUUGCAAUGUUGAGCAACAUUUCUUUGCAAUGUUGAGCAACAUUUCUGUGCAAUGUUGAGCAACAUUUCUGUGCAAUGUUGAGCAACAUUUCUGUGCAAUGUUGAGCAACAUUUCUGUGCAAUGUUGAGCAACAUUUCUGUGCAAUGUUGAGCAACAUUUCUGUGCAAUGUUGAGCAACAUUUCUGUGCAACGUUGAGCAACAUUUCUUUGCAACGUUGAGCAACAUUUCUUGCAAUGUUGAGCAACAUUUCUUGCAAUGUUGCUCAACUUAAUUUUUUGCAAUGUUGUGCAACAUUAUUUUUUGCAAUGAUGAGCAACAUUUUUCUUGCAAUGUUGAGCAACAUUUUUUGCAAUGCUAACCCUUCAACCCGAAGCUGUGGCGGUUCAAAGUUUUCUGUUUUCAAUUUUACCCCCACCUUUAUGAUGAAGAAUUUUGA